UCGAGAUUUUGUUUAUUCGCUUUGAAAUAAAUUCCAUUCUCUUCUGUUUGUUUACAUUCACUGAGAAUGUUUAAAUUAAUUGUUUAGUUGUUUUAAUUUAAUUUUCCUCAAAAAUCUCAUCGUCAUCAUGUUAAUUACUAAAGCAAGUGCUUCACAAUUAAGAUUAAUCUACAAGACAUUAAGUGAAAAUUUACCCAAUUUCUUCCGAGCACCUCAUUGUUUUGAAAUCUAUUCAGAUGACAUUGUCUUAGAAGAUAAUAUUAGAAAUAUAAAAAUAGUUGGUCUACCUGUUUAUAAGCAGAACGUUGGUCUGGUCAAAUUUUAUUCUCAUCUAAAAUAUCAUCAUGUUGAUUUGGAUGUUCUCAAGAUGACCGAACAUCUCGAGGAAAGUUGUGUCAAAGUAAGAUGGAGGAUAACCGGUUCACCAAAUUGGACUAUUUUGCUUAAUUAUUUAUCCUCUUUACCACCGGUAAAGGGUAAAAAGCUUGUAGACAAUAUUGAGAAUGAUCUUGAUGUUUGGGUUGAUGGAUUUUCCAUCUUCUAUGUCAAUAACGAUGGAAAGAUAAGUAAACAUAUAUGUGAUAAGUUGAUUCCCGAUGAUAAUCGCGAAGAAAACGAUGGCCCGAAGCGUCUUUUAUCCAAGUUAACUGCUGGAAAAUUAACCACAUUUUCAACUCCUCAUGAUAAACCAAAAUCGAUUACAUUUUGUUGUUAAAUUGCGAUGGAAAAACAAAAAGGCCAAUUUUCAAAUGUACAAACAGAGAUUCUAAAUCUAAUCUAAAUUAAUCUCAUCAUAACUAUUUAAAUUUGUCAAUAGUUUAGACUGACAAGAUUUUAUCGUUUUUCUUUUCUCGUCUAUUCAAUAAUAACAAUUGCAAUAUCGUUUAA